UGCGUUUGUUGUGUGAUGACGCGUUGGUCAGGUGUUCCCUCAUAUAACGAGGGGAGCUGUCCAAGUGCUGAAAACAGAAGAGAACAGCACCGCUCAGGAGGAGAUGCCAUACACCCUCACCACUGUCUGACUUUUAUUUCCAAAGGUAAUAAAUCGCCUAUAAUGCUGCAUUUCCACCACAAGUUGCCCACCGGCGGAGCCGUGAUCUUGCUCUCCUUCCUCCUCCAUGGAUGCGCCGUGCAGGCUGCAUCUCUCCCACGCCACUACAGGCUCCGAGGCGGGGAAAGUGAGGCUCAGCCGGCAGCUUAUCCACCGAGCUCCGACAUGAUCAAAGCCCUGGAGUACAUUGAGAACCUGAAACAGCGGAACGGGGGGCGACCCGAACCCGUGGAUUACGAUGAGGUGGAUAAAUUCAAGGUCCUGCUUCAGCUCGCUUCGCAGCAGGACGAGGUUCCCGGAGAUCGGCAGCCCGCUCCCGGCAUGCAGAGGCAGGACAUUACCGCUGAGCAGCUCAUGAAAGCCCUGCUCAAGUCUCUGCAGGAUCAGGCUGGGAGAGACGCGAAACUCACCCCCGCGUCAGCGCCCAGGAACGACCGCCGCACGCACAGGCAUCGCACCAAAGACACCGGAACCCCCGAGAGCGCACCGAUGGACUACGAUAACUUCCCUAGACCCCACAAGAAGUAUCCACUGAUGUUUGAAGACGAGGAGAACACAGACGCGUCAAAGCGCGCCACGGAGGACCUGGACGAGCAGUACACCCCUCAGAGUCUCGCCAACCUGCGCUCCAUCUUCGAGGAGCUGGGGAAAAUGCCCACGGUCGGCGGUCAGAAGAGAGACGUUUUCGGGGACGAAGACGAGGGCGAUGAGGAGGAGGAGGGCGGGUUAAACCUGAGAAGCCAGGCCUACGAAGAUGUGGCCGGAGGAGAGGAAUGGGUCCCCGUGGAGGAGAGGGAGGAGACGGAGGAGAUGGUCAACGGCAGCCACGAAGAAAUGGACAGGGCGCUCGGUGACCUGGAAGAAGCGGAGAGGGUGGAGAUGCAACGCCGUGCCAGUCAGAACCAGGAAGAGGCAGAUGAUGACACUAAACUCGUAGAUUACUACCUGUUAAAGGUCCUGGAGAUGAGCGACCAAACACAGAGGAGGGACAAGACCGGGGAGCAGAGGAAAAGACUGAUCCGCCCCUCCAUCGUGGAUCCACGGACAGUGAAAGAGUUGCUGGAGCUCUCCUUAAAGCUCCACGUCCCUCCACAGGACCUCAUCGACAUGCUGCUCACAGAAGAGCUCAGGAAGCUCCACCGUGAUCCCCAAACCCCAGCGCGCUACACCACGGGCCAAACCCCAAAGAUCAGGUACUUCAGCCGCAGGCUGCCCGUGAAGAGCAAGCCCCCUGCAGAGGACAUGGAUAGGGAGGACUUUUUAGACAUCAUCGGAGUGGAGACGAUCAGUAACGAGUAUCCCGUGGUGCAGAGACCCAUGAAGACCUCUCAGUCCUCAGACAGAAUCCCAGUCGCGUCCAACCCUGCUGCCAAUUCAGGCCCAGUUAAAAUCCCUCCUCCCUCCGGACGCAGGGAGAACCUCUUUCUGUCCGAGCUCAAUAAAAUGCCCCUGAAACGUCAGAGUCAGACCGACGGUGCUGCUGAUGAAGGAGAUGAUGAUGAUGGGGACGUGGAAGACGAGGUGACGACCUACCUGGCUGCCAAAAUCCUCACAGAAUACCCAAACAACAUCGCCAAGAGGGACACCCAGGCGCAGCAGUUUCCCUACGAGCUGUACGAGCGCGCCAUGAAAGACUACCUGGGCCAGGCGGACACUGCCAAGAGGCCAAUGGCCAAGAGGGAAACGGAGGUGGCCAUGGAGGAGAAGGAGAAGCCCACGGAGAUGCAAGGGAAAGAGGAGAUAACGGCCAAGACCUCCGCUCCACAGACCAUGAAUGACGACGAGGCGCGCCGUGAAAUGACAGUGGCGGGGAUGUAGCCUCAACCCCUGCAAAACGCACGAAAUUAUGAAUUUAGUAUUUAUACUGUCGCAAAAAUAAAGUGUGGUGGACGUGAUCUAGUUUACAAACUUCUAUAACUAUAGCUGGUAUAAUGUCACCCUAAAGAAAAUGAACUAUCUAGCAACCGUACAGGUUCUUUUUUUGAAAAAUACUAGUCCCUACUUGCUGCAAGAACAUUUUAGAAAUAUUAUAUUGAUAUCACGGGUCCUUAAAGG